AUGCUCCACACCUCCUCGGACGCUUUUGCAAAUCAGUCGGUACAACAGCCUCACCCCCAACAGCCCAGAAAUUCACAAAUGAACCGAUCCUCCGUCUACAAUGGCCAGACUGGAGGCACUGGAUAUCGGGGCACAUCAUCGGCCCCGAUAGCACCAUAUGCCUUCUCGAGCACACCCCAGCUACGCCAGGAGAACAGAAUCGUAUCGGCCCCAACGCACCAAUUCAGUGCAGGAGCUCGCCUCGGUCACCCUUCUCAUCCAUCUUCCUCGUCAGACUCGACUGUAUCGACGUCUGGAUCCUCCAGUCGCUCUUCCACCGGCCCACACUUCUCGUCGAAAGAUGACAGUGUGCUGGCCACGUCCGAGCAUAGGAAGGAUACCUCUACGUCCUCCAUCACUUUGUCUACCUCCGUACCUGACCUUUCCUUGUCUCUGCAGGAUUCAAACCCGGCUAAGCCUUCACCAAGCCGCUACCGCGCAAGUGCUCGCCGAACCGACUCCUCCAAUACCAUCACCGCUGGUUCUGCGGCAGCUACACCCACUCAAUUGUCGCCUUCAAUAGGUGGCCCCCCAGUCCUUGCCUCUCCAAAAAUUGAUGUUGGUCCCAUCAUGGCAUUGGAUGAUCUUCAGGCUCCAACUAGACCUGGACACAACCGGGCAAGCAGUGUAGAUGAUAUGCAAGUGCCCCGGCAAGCCUCUACAGACCAGGCAAAGAGAUACAGGAGAAGGAGCUUAAGUGGACUUGAUGCCACGGCCCAAGCUAGCAGCGGUGCCUCGCCUGCACCCCUCGAGGCUCCAAUCUCCAACCCUAACAAGCGCAAUACUCCAGAAUUGAGACCGGUUUCGAGCUCCAACCAAAAGGGAAGUCGGCCCACCUCACGUCAAAGCCACGAGCGACAAGGCAGUGCUGGCAGUGGGUCUUCCAGUGUCUCUAGGCCAUCGUCUCGACAAGGUUCUAUAUCUCAAGGACCUGUCUCGCCCAGAACUGCAACCGAGCCUGUAAAGCGUACCAUCGCUCCUUCACCUCUGUCACAAUCUGGAUCCACGGUUCCAGCCAAAAAGGGAGCAGAUGCACCUGCUGAACGAAGCCCGGCCAUGCAACACCUCACCGCGUUGAACGAUAAGGAGUCCGGCCGAGGAGUAAAGUCACGAUUGAGGAGAGCAUUCUCCUUUGGCAGUGCUGCUGAGCUUCGCCGGGCAACUGCUGAGAACAACCUUUCUGCGGAGCGCGCCAAAUUGCGUAAGGAUCGGUUCGACAACGAGCAGGAUGCUGAACAGGCAGCCAUUGUUGCAAAACAGGAGGCUGCCGGUAUUGGUGCCGGUAUCUACAACGGACAAGGUGGAUUUUCAGGAUCUACAGACAACCUUUCGAUAUCUUCAACCGCCUCGUCGGCGUCCAUCAUGCUCCGCAAAAUGGGCAGUGGCAUGAGGAAAGGUGGCAGGUCUAUCAAGGGGCUCUUCCGACCCAAAUCUGUCAUUGGUGUUCCUGCGGCAGACGGACCUAUUGCCCAGCCUAGUGUUGGACCAGUCACCAUGGUGUCAGUAGAAGCUGAGCGUCAGAAGGUCAAUGUCAACGUGGACCCCCGCGAACAAGCCGGGGGUGGCACUGGGUACCCCAAACUCGAAAGAAAUUCAAUGGAGCCAGGGCAGACACCUCUCGAUAUUCCUUCGUUUAGCUCCGGACCAAACGAAUUCUCUCGCAAGAGUAUUGUUGGCGGAGACCGAGAGCGGGCGGAGGUUCUGUCUUCUAUCAAGAAAGGCAUCCUUAAGCGCACCGGUCCCAACUCCGAAACUUCUUCACCUGUUCUCCGCCCUGUUGACGCUCAUCAUUCGAACGAGACCCCCAAAUCGAGUGCUCCCAGCACCCCACACGACGAGCAGUCGCGCCAAGCUCCAAUUGGCGGCGAUGAUUAUUUUGGUCGACCUCCAAGGAUCAUGAGUCCCAGCACCAGAAGCCUUCCCACCACUCCCCAAGGCGGCCGAGGAAACAUCAGCUUUAGCCCACGCAUCCAGUUUUACGAUGCUUGGUCAGCUUCCGACUACGACCGCCGGGGCGAGAUUGCGACUUGCAACCGACUCACACCUAUGCUGGCACAGCAGAUCAAGGAGGAGCUCAAUACCUUCAAAAUGGAAAUGGAAGUCCAUGAGCUCUCCAAACCCCACACCCAUUUCUUCUAA